UCUACCCAUUCACCAAAGCGUCUACAGCAGACGCUGUCCACUUUUGUGUUCGGAUUUAGAGUUGUUUCAGGUCAUUGGUUCGCACAUUUGACUGUGUGUUUUCGAAUAGCUAGAAUGAGUGACCUUCCCAUCUUCAACCCAUUGGUUCUGAUUGGUGUGGGCUCCAGCUUUGCUUUCUCUGGCCUGUUCUAUCACUUAUACAAAGAGAAGAAACAAGAGGUUAUACAGCUGAAGGAAAUCCCAAAAUUCAGGCCUGAUCGACACUUGGUAAAAAUACUAAAGGCAUCUCCCCACCGAAGACUGCAGUAUGUAGCUAUAGAAGGUUUGGUCCAGGCUGAUGGUGAGCCACUUGCCAGCCAGUUUAUCCCAAGAUGCUUUGGGGUUAUACAGAGGAUAGUGGUAGAGGAACACUGGAAAAUGUGGAACAGCAUUACAAGAACAUGGAACCCCAGGACACGCAACAGAAAGGAGACCAACAACGCUGUCCCCUUCAGCCUGGUUGAACCAGGCGCCUACGUCACGGACAUAACUGUCAAAGUCCACUCCCCUCUGGAAGCUUCUGGCUGCUUCUUGGAGAGGGUUCAUCAUCGAGUCAGACAUGCCCAGGAGGGCCUGGUGAAUGUGGUGUUGGAGGGCCUCAGUGGCGAGCGACCUGUGGCGCAGCAGGAGACCGAGGAGCUGCUCCGCGUGGGGACCACUAUGACUGGGUUUGGGGAGGUGGUUCUGGAGGGAGGGACAGGGACCACCAUGAGGCUCCAGGCACCACAAGAUGGCCGCCUCUACAUUCUGGUCCCCACCAACUACAGGGGCUUUAUAGAGAGACAUGAGGGUACGGCCAAUAUGUGGAAGUUGAUGACUGCUCUAUGCGGGUUUACAGGAGCGUCGCUGCUGGCCGGGGCGGUAUACUCCUCUGUCGGGAGGCAGGACGGCCGCAGGGACUAGUGUUGAUUUCCGAUUUCUAGUCAUUCCGUGCCAAGAUUGAGACCAAAGCGAGUACUUUGUUAAUGAAGUAUGACUAGCUGUGCGGUCAGUGGUGUUUAGUGAAUUCCAUUAUUAAACAAAUCAAGUUUAAUGGCAGCAUUAUAGAGCAGUGGUUCCAAGAGUCAGUACACGAAGUAGCCGAGCUUUGUUGUAGCCCUGGACAAACACAACUGAUUACGAGUCAUCAGGCCCUCAUUGACUUAAAUUGGGGUAUGUUUGUCCAGGGCUACAAAGUGUGCUGUUUGGGGUACUGGUGGACUUGUGUUGGGAACAACUGUUAGCAUAGAAAUCAGAAUAAAUAGAUCCGGUAUGAAGUCAAUGACAGUGUUUAUAGUCACACAAUAUCCUGGUAUUAAUCAAGAACACUCAGUGAUUCUGUUUUUGAGUUGACUCAUACAAACACCCAGUUUACGAUAACCUGACAAGGCUUGUGUCCUGAUUAUGACCGAUGUGGCCCCUUGGUGCAGCCUCAGUUUCCAAUGUGCUAAUGAAUGCAUUUUGAUGGAUACGUUCUGUAAUCUCUUCUGUAAUGACUCGUUGCACUAUUACAACACACAGUAAACACUGAACAGAAUGACAAUGUGUUGCCUGUUAUAGAGGACCAUUUGUAUGGAGAUGCAACCAUACUGUACUUUCAAAAGUAGUGUUUGUCAAUGUAUCGACAAGUAAGCACUCACAUGGGAUGUACUUUUUGUAAUAUUACUUGAUGUAUUACUAAUGUAUUUCUUUGUCUUGUUUUCAAUCA